AUGGAUGAAAGGAAUGAAUUGCACUAUGUGAAGCUAACAAGAGAUCAAUCCCCAUUGGAAGAUAUCACACCUGGAGAAUUGAAUCAACCAAUUGAUGUUCCACAGUUGGCUGUUCGGAAAUGCAUUGAAUGUGGGCAGCCAUUGCCUGAAAGCUAUGCACCUCCUGCUGAUGAAGCUUGGACGACUGGAAUCUUUGGGUGUGCUGAAGAUAAUGAAAAUUGCAUGACAGGGUUGUUUUGUCCUUGUGUAUUAUUUGGACGGAAUGUAGAAAGGUUGAAUGAAGAAACUCCAUGGACAGGGCCAUGCAUUUGUCAUGCAAUCUUUAUUGAAGGUGGAGCAGCUUUGGCAGCAAUAACCACAAUCUUCAAUGGCUACAUAGAUCCAGGAACAGCCUUCCUCAUUUAUGAGGGUUUGCUUUUUAGUUGGUGGAUGUGUGGCAUUUACACUGGUCAAGUUCGACAAACCUUGCAAAAGAAAUAUCAUUUGAAGAACUCACCCUGUGACCCAUGUUGUGUACAUUGUUGGUUGCAUUGGUGUGCUUUGUGCCAAGAGCACAGAGAGAUGAAGGGAAGACUCUCUGAUAAUAUUGGCUCAGAGAUUACUAUUGUAAAUCCUCCUCCUAUUCAAGAGAUGAAAACCACUAAUAAUGCUAAUAAAGAAAAGGCUGAACCCUCUUCCACUAGGAACAAUAAUAAUGAUCAUACCGGUUUAGAACUACAAGUUGUUAAUAUUUAG